GUGGCCAGCCUCGUGAUGCCCUUCUCCAUCGUCUACGACCUCGACCGCCAGUGGCGCUUCGGUCCCGUCGCCUGCCACCUGUGGAUCUCGUGUGACGUCAUGUGCUGCACCGCCUCCAUCCUCCACCUGUGCGUCAUCGCGCUCGACCGCUUCUGGGCCAUCACCAAGCCCUUCAGGUACAGGUCUCUGGUGUCUCGCAAGCGGAUCGGCGUCGUGAUCGCGCUGGUGUGGCUGUGCUCGGCCGCCAUCUCCUUCAUCCCCAUCUUCCUGGGCUGGUACAGCGACCACCCCGUCUCCGUCCUCCAGCCCUCCUCCCAGUGCUCGCUCACCGUCAACCGCAUCUACGCCGCCGUGUCCUCCCUGACCUCCUUCUACCUGCCCCUGCCCGUCAUGUUCUACGUCUACUUCCGCAUCCUGCUGGUGGCCGAGCGGCAGGCGCGCGAGAUCCGCCAGCUGGAGCGCUCCCUGAUGGGGGCGGGGCCGGCCGGGAUGAGGCGGAGCCUGCGGAGGCGGAGCAAGCAGGUCGUCACGGACACCAAGGCCAUCCGGACGCUGGGCAUCGUGAUGGGCGUGUUCUGCGUCUGCUGGCUGCCCUUCUUCCUCAUGUACGUCAUCCUCGCCUACUGCGCGGACUGUUACCUCGCCUACGAGAUCCGCAGCGCCAUCACGUGGCUGGGCUACUUCAACUCCUCCUUCAACCCCUGCAUCUACGCCUUCCUCAACAGGGACUUCAAGGAGGCCUUCCGGGUCGUGCUCUGCUGCAGGCGACACGGGGACGGUGCGUACGCAGACGAGACUAGCGCCGGCGGCGGGAAAAACCACCUGCGCAUGAACGCGGAGGCCAUCACCCCGGAGGCCAGGACUCCCUGCCUCAGCCCCCAGAUGGACCACGUGUCGUGGCCGUCUGGGGGCGUGGAACUCGACCUCCUGCCGCAGUCCUCCUCCGCCUACCUCACAGUCCCGGGCGUGGCCAAGAACCACGCCAACGAGCACUUUCUCUGA